AUGGCGACCUUUCGGGAGACUACACCAGUCGAGUCUGACUGGUUUGUCUGCUUGGCGGCUAUUGACGAUGUGCUCGCCCAUGGAUAUCACGACGAGACUCUCAACAGUCUCGGCAGUGGCAAGCAUGCGGGCCUCCAGACGAUGUUCAAGCUCUGUAUCGGCAAAUUCACUACCCCUACCCUCACCAUCCGCUUCACUGUGCGCAACGCCGACCGUCGCUAUACGGUGCUUACUCUGGUCUGUCCUCUUGAUGCACUUGAUGGCGAUCUUGUGGUCAAUUCGAUCAAGCCGGACGCAGUCGAGAGUAUUGAUCAAGAGGUUGAAGACGCUGUGUUGGACGCAUUCCCAGCCACAUUCGUUCAGCGAGGAGUCGACGAAUUCAGUACCAUCAAAUUCCACCUCGCGUCUGGGAAAGUCAAGCUCAUUGCUGCUGAAUUGGCACGACCUGGUCUGACAGUACCUGACGCUUGCAUGGACAUCCGCACCGCCCUACUAGCCCACAUCAAAUCCCGACACGGUGUUGUCCCCAUUCAUAUCCUCUUUCGCGAUGGGAGGACCUUCCCCCUACACUGGGCACCCAAGCUGGCCAACCUCGGGGAGUACACCUCGCCCUACGAGCCUUUCACCGCGAAUAUUCAGCAAAAGAUUUCAGCCCUGACUUUCGACAAUUUUGCAAUGGAAGAUGUCGAGAGGCCCGACGCCCCCGCUCCACGAAGAAAUAUCUUCAUGUCCAACGUCCAACGCACUGUAUCUCUCAUCGGAAGUGUGGUAGAGGAAGUGGAGGUGCUCCGCGAUCGUACGGCCGAACUUUUUGACACUCCUCUCAAAGUUGCUGUUAUUCGGGACCCCUUUUCCACUUGGGACCCUCAGCCGACAGACAAGGCAACGUUUGGCAUGAUUGCAGAUGGUGCACCCCUCCACCAGUAUUUUGUCCUCUCUGGCGAUAAAGUCUCGCAUCUCCUGCCCCGUACUGGUGAGCAGUGUCGGUUCUACAUCCCCACGGCUGCAGGCAAUCGGGAGCCACCCGACGUGAAGCUAACGGCUGACGAUAUCAACGACGUGGUGAGAGAGCUGGCUACAAAGUUGGACUUGGCUUACGAAAUUGCCGACUCCAACGGGUCAGACGAGACCAUCGCAGAGCUGUUUCUCUCGGAAGUUGAAGGUGUUCUGAUGUCUGUGGUGAAACACCCUAGCGAUGAGAGCCUUGUGUUGCUGCCUGAUGGAGACAAGUCCCUGCAACUAGCGAUCACAGCCAUGGAGUUGGCACCCGCAAUCGUCCAAGCCUAUGCUGAUCCUCACACUUUCCGCACCUUCUUGGAAUCAUGGGUUGAGAAAUAUGCCCGUCGGCGAGUCGCUUACCCUGACGGACGAGGGCAGCCGUGGCACGCCAUGCGUAUCGGACUGCCUGCUGGCACCAGAGCGGACAUCGCCAUGUUCUCAGUCAGCACUCCCAAUCAGAACGACUGGCCCACCCACCUGCAGAGUCCCCCAAUCCGCCCAAACCUUCCCUCGCACACUGUCAAGGGUCGACUGAACAAGUUCUUGGAAUCGCUAUCCUCCGAGUUGGAUGCGAACAAAUGCUCUACGGUUGACGUUGGUCUGUGGUAUUCAGCCAGCAAGGAGGGAGCGGAGGCUGAAUGCAACGCAAUCACUGACAUGAAUCGACUACCAAAGACCAGUAUGGCUGCACGAUUUUGGCAUCACUCACUCGAUUUCCAAGGUGACGCUCCUUCUCUCAAUCUACUGUCUGCCUUCCCUACUCUUCAGACUGCUUUGGACAUCGGAGAAUUCCUUGGCGAGCACGCAGAUGUUGUGAAAGACUUUCGGGGCAUGGGAGGCUACAUCUUUGUCGAUGGUGUCCCUGGUGCCGGGAAGUCAACCUUGGGUGUUACCGUCUGCAAAGCCAUCAUGGAGAGUGGCAAGAUUGCCUGGAUUGCGCCCUCAAACGCCUCGGUCCAGGAUGCUUGCGAGCGACUGGCGAAAGCGACUCCUGAAAAGACUGUUCGUCGGAUGCUACCUUGGGCAGCAGAGCUCGGCAACUUGACAACUACUCCGCCUAAGCCUCGCCAGAUCGUCACUGAGAAACGUCUUUCAAUGUCUGAGACCAAACUCGCUACCUACGUCAACAAACUCUCAGCUGCCCGUUUCGCUUCUGUCCAACCCUCUAUGAUCCCUUCAUCUAUGAGCAACCUGGCACACAAAAUGGCGAAAGAAGACGAGCUCAACUGUGCCAAUUUCUUGCGAGGCAUGGAUGAGCUCAAGAACUCCCCUAAAUGCUAUGCAGAAAACAUUGUUCAGCGUCGCGCUACGGCUCUGGAACUGCUCUGCACGACCAUCAAGUCCUGUGACGCUGUUUGUGCCACACCGAUUGCCUUCGCCCAGUUGAUGGACCACAUGAAAAGAUUCAUGCCCGGCUUCAAGUUCUCGCUUGUUGUGGUUGACGAAGCUGGACGUAUGUCAGAGAAUGCGUCGCUGAUUUCAAUCUCGAAGUGUCCUGACACCCCACACUUGUUCAUCGGCGACAACAGACAAUUCGCUCCAAUCAGUCUGCUUCAUGGAGACCGAAAUGUCAAGUCGUUUUUCAGUCCUCAACGCGGCCUCAGCCUUUUCCAACGCGUGAAGUCGGUUGGAUCGGUGACUGCCACCUUGAGUGUCAAUCACAGAGCGUUUGGGCCGGUGGUCAACUGGGCGGCCGACCACAUUUACGGCGGUGAGAUGGUGGUCGCGAACCAGAGUGACAGUAAAGCGUCGCUAGAGAUGCGGAGGUGGCUCUGUGACAAAUUUGAUCGAAAAGCGAAGGGUUCGACCUUUGUCUGUGAAGUUGGAGAUGCGGCAGAGGUGCCAGUUGGGACUUCUUUUGCAAACCCAAUCAACGCCCUCUUUGGGAGAGAGCUCAUCGCCAUGAUCUAUCGCGAGGCUCCCCUCUACAACGCUCGCGAUGUCAAGGCUCGUGUCAACCCUCCUCGCUUUGGGUCUACACUGGUCAUCGUUGGCUAUUCGGCACAGAAGAAUGAAUGGGAAGGCCUGAUGAGUGAGCUUUCUCCUGCUGAGGUCCCCUUGGACCGAGUGGAAGUUCGCACUAUCGAUGACUCCCCAGGCCAUGAAGCUGAUUUGGUCAUCUGUGACUUGACUCGCACCGACAAGGCUGGUUUCCUCCACGAAAGAGAACGCCUCGCUGUUUUGUCGACCCGCGCUCGCGUUGCCAUGGUCAUUUUGGGAUGCCCAAAGACAGCCCACCCGAAGAGUUCCCUCGGUGAUUUGUUCAGGUAUGUCGAAAAGAACAAGGCCUAUGGCAAGGUGCGUACCGAUCGCAAGGCAUCUUGGCACAAGUUCUGUGACAAGUGUGCUCAGCAUGGUCACACCACUAUCGAGUGCAAGGCUGCUCCCACAUGUCCCAUUUGCGUUGCCAACCGUCGCCCAUACAACCACGCGCUGCGAUUCUGCCCACACGCUCAUACGAAGCCAUUCCCCGACAUCUUCACUUUAGAUCCUGUGCCUGGCGACGGUGUAGACCGCAACCCAUUCGGCUCUGGGAGCUCUCUCACCGGCAAGCGACAGAAGUCUCGAAACGCAGCUAGGGAGGCGAGGAGGACCUAGGAGGCAAGAAGCUAGUGAUGCACAGGAUGCGCAGG